UUUAAGGAUAUCUGAAGAUGGUGAAUUGUAAAGUAAUACAAGAACAUAUAGAAAAUGUUAUAUGUUAUUUGCAACCUUUACUACCUCUGGCAAAUUUUCAUAUGGUGGAUUAUUUCAAAAAGGAAGCUUACAGAAAUUUAGUUCCAGAUGACAUUCAACUGGAAAUUAACAAUAUAAAAAGCGAAGAUGUAACAAGCAAUAUUUUAAAUAAUGAUUACACACAAAUGCCAAAUUUAUACAAAUAUAUGAAAAAUAGUGAAGAACUUGCUCUAAAAAACUGCCAACAUGUUUGUUUGAACACGAAUCAGUUUCAAGACAGACUCGUAGAAUGGGGUUGUGAAAAAUUUUUAAGGCUGAAGUUAGAAAUUUUUAUGACUUAUAAAAAAUCUCACGAAGUUGACAUUAUGAGUUUUCUCUCAGCUGCGAUUCGUGAUAUAUCCAAAACUUCUCACAUUAUUGAUAUAGGCGAUGGAAAAGGUUAUUUAAGUUCCAUGUUAGCACUUCACUAUAAAAUACCAGUCUUGGGAGUUGAUGCUUCGGAAAUUAACACCAACGGAGCCGUUCAACGUGUCCAAAAAUUGUCUAAGGUAUGGAAUAGUGUUGUAAACAAACACGAAAUUAAAAAAACUAAAGAAACAACAGCCGAUUUAUACAAACAAAUAACUCAAUUCGUUAACGAAUCUACCGAUUUUAAGGAACUUGUUGAAAAUGUCUUCCUUGAAAAACCUAGCGAACUUAGUCUAGUAGGUUUACAUACCUGCGGCAACCUAGCAGCUACCUCCAUCAGAAUUUUCGAUGCUAGCGAACAAAUAAAAACUAUCUGCAAUGUUGGAUGUUGCUAUCACCACAUAACUGAGUAUUUCGAAGUGGAUCCGAAUCGGAAAGACCAUGCACUAGUAAGUAACGGCUUUCCGAUGAGUAAAUACUUAAGAGAGAAAAGAUUUGUGAUGGGUAGAGCCGCUAGAAUGAUUGCCGCACAAUCAGUAGAGCGUGUUCUGCAUAAGAAACAGUUACCGAAUCGGACACUAUUUUAUAGGGCUCUGUUUGAGGUGCUUAUAGAAAAUAAAUGUGUGGAUGUACCAGCCAAUAAAAGGAAAGUCGGAAGGUUUAGGAAAGAAUGUGUCGACUUUGCUGAUUAUGUUCAAAAAGCUUCAAGAAGAAUUAAUGUAGAUAUAUCUGCAUCUAAUGGAGAAAUUGAGGAUUUGUUUGACGAAUAUAAGUGUAGAAUGAGCGAACUAAACAAUUUUUAUUUGAUCAGAUGUAUGCUAGCUCCGGUCAUUGAAAGUUUAAUUUUACUAGAUAGGUUGUUGUUUCUACAUGAACAGGGCCAUGAAAAGUCAUUUAUAGUACAAUUAUUUGAUCCAGUGAUAUCCCCUAGGUGUUAUGGUCUUAUUGCCAUAAAAUAAUCUAUGCAAUUGUUAUCUGUUUAUUAUAUUAAUAGAUAUGUAUAUAUAAAAUAAAAUAUAUCAAAAUACGUUGA